UAGCAUACUACCAUCCAUAAUAGUUACUUGUAAUACCAUGAACUAUUACUUUGUUAUCAAUAUUUCAUUUAAAAUCUUUUUUGUUCUUUUGAUACAGAAAAAAUUAGUUAUUGAAUUUGAAAGUUCCAUUGACUUAUCCUUUGAGAUAGUCCUAAAGUCGAUGGCAGAACAGAGGCUAAUUUCGAGUCUUUCAGUUUUGAGAGCACUAAAGCCAGAUAGAAAUGACAAGCUCCUCCUCCUGGGUGAAAACGGACGGUGAGACACCCCAAGAUCAAGUGUUCAUUAAUUUCCGUGGAGUCGAACUGCGCAAGAACUUCGUCAGUCAUCUGGAGAAGGGCUUAAAAAGGAAAGGGAUCAAUGCCUUCAUAGACACAGAUGAAGAGAUGGGCCAAGAGUUGAGUGUUCUGCUCGAAAGAAUAGAAGGUUCGAGGAUCGCGCUAGCCAUUUUCUCUCCAAGGUACACGGAGUCAAAAUGGUGUUUGAAGGAGCUUGCGAAGAUGAAAGAAAGAACGGAACAAAAGGAGCUCGUGGUGAUUCCAAUCUUCUACAAGGUACAGCCCGUCACUGUUAAAGAAUUGAAGGGAGACUUCGGGGAUAAGUUCAGGGAGCUGGUGAAGUCUACUGACAAGAAGACGAAGAAAGAAUGGAAGGAAGCUUUACAAUAUGUUCCAUUUUUAACCGGCAUCGUGUUGGAUGAGAAAAGCGAUGAGGACGAAGUCAUCAAUAUAAUUAUCCGAAAGGUUAAAGAAAUACUAAAUAGACGUUCAGAGGGUCCUCCUUCUAAAUGUUCUGCACUACCGCCCCAAAGACACCAGAAACGUCAUGAAACCUUUUGGGGAAUCGAGCUCCGAAUUAAGCAACUAGAAGAAAAGUUACGUUUUGGGUCGGACGAAACAACUCGUACCAUCGGUGUUGUUGGGAUGCCCGGUAUAGGUAAAACCACUCUCGCUACGAUGCUAUAUGAGAAGUGGAAUGAUAGAUUCCUGAGACACGUGUUAAUCCGUGAUAUCCAUGAAGCUUCAGAGGAAGACGGGUUAAAUUACUUGGCCACGAAAUUCUUGCAAGGUUUAUUGAAAGUUGAGAAUGCCAACAUCGAGUCCGUACAAGCUGCUCAUGAAGCUUACAAAGAUCAGUUACUCGAGACCAAAGUCCUUGUUAUUCUUGACAAUGUCAGUAACAAGGACCAAGUUGAUGCUCUUCUUGGCGAACGCAACUGGAUUAAGAAAGGAAGCAAGAUUCUCAUUACUACAAGCGACAAGUCAUUGAUGAUACAAAGUUUGGUCAAUGAUACUUACGAAGUCCCUCCAUUAAGCGACAAAGAUGCCAUAAAACAUUUUAUACGUUACGCAUUUGAUGGUAACGAAGGAGCUGCUCCCGGCCCCGGGCAAGGAAAUUUCCCCAAGUUGUCGAAAGAUUUCGUGCAUUAUACUAAAGGAAAUCCACUAGCUCUCCAGAUGUUGGGUAAGGAGCUUUUGGGGAAAGAUGAGAGUCACUGGGGCUUAAAACUAAAUGCAUUGGAUCAACACCAUAACAGUCCACCUGGACAAAGCAUUUGCAAGAUGCUUCAAAGGGUCUGGGAAGGGAGUUAUAAAGCACUGAGUCAAAAAGAAAAAGAUGCACUUCUUGACAUAGCUUGCUUCAGGUCGCAAGAUGAGAAUUACGUAGCGAGUUUAUUGGAUUCAGAUGGCCCUAGUAAUAUAUUGGAAGAUCUCGUGAACAAGUUCAUGAUUAAUAUUUAUGCUGGCAAAGUAGAUAUGCAUGAUACAUUGUAUAUGCUCUCCAAGGAACUUGGUCGAGAAGCUACUGCUACAGAUAGAAAGGGGCGGCAUAGGUUGUGGCACCAUCACACCAUAAUUGCUGUGCUGGACAAAAACAAGGGAGGUUCUAAUAUCAGGUCUAUUUUCCUUGACUUGUCUGAUAUUACAAGAAAAUGGUGCUUCUAUCGCCAUGCUUUUGCCAUGAUGAGGGAUCUAAGAUAUCUCAAAAUCUACAGCACUCAUUGUCCUCAAGAAUGUGAAAGUGACAUUAAAUUAAACUUCCCCGAAGGACUCCUGCUACCGUUGAAUGAGGUGCGAUAUCUCCACUGGCUGAAAUUCCCGUUAAAAGAAGUUCCACAAGAUUUCAACCCGGGUAAUUUGGUUGACCUUAAGCUUCCUUAUAGCGAGAUUGAACGAGUUUGGGAAGAUAACAAGGAUGCACCAAAAUUAAAAUGGGUAAACUUAAAUCACUCAAAGAAGUUGAACACUUUGGCAGGGUUAGGAAAAGCUCAAAAUCUUCAAGAGCUAAAUCUUGAAGGUUGCACGGCAUUGAAAGAGAUGCAUGUGGAUAUGGAAAAUAUGAAGUUUCUUGUUUUCUUGAACCUGAGAGGAUGCACAAGUCUCAAGUCUCUUCCAGAGAUUCAGUUGAUCUCUUUGAAAACUCUCAUCCUCAGUGGCUGCUCAAAAUUUAAAACCUUUCAGGUUAUUUCAGAUAAGCUGGAAGCACUAUACUUGGAUGGAACUGCAAUAAAGGAACUUCCUUGUGACAUUGGGAGACUCCAAAGACUUGUUAUGUUGAACAUGAAAGGCUGCAAGAAGCUGAAAAGGCUCCCUGACAGUCUUGGUCAGCUGAAAGCUCUUGAAGAACUUAUCCUCUCUGGUUGUUCAAAGCUCAAUGAGUUUCCAGAAACUUGGGGAAACAUGAGCCGCUUAGAGAUCUUGCUUCUGGAUGAGACAGCUAUAAAAGAUAUGCCGAAGAUACUCUCCGUGCGUCGUUUAUGCUUAAACAAGAAUGAAAAGAUCAGCCGCCUUCCAGAUCUCCUCAAUAAAUUUUCUCAACUUCAAUGGCUUCAUUUGAAGUAUUGUAAGAAUCUUACACAUGUUCCACAGCUUCCACCAAAUCUUCAGUAUUUAAACGUUCAUGGUUGUAGCUCACUGAAGACAGUUGCAAAACCGCUGGUAUGUUCUAUACCGAUGAAGCAUGUCAAUUCCUCGUUCAUUUUCACUAACUGCAAUGAAUUGGAACAAGCUGCAAAGGAGGAAAUUGUAGUAUAUGCUGAAAGGAAGUGUCAUUUGCUUGCUAGUGCGCUUAAACGAUGCGAUGAGAGUUGUGUUCCUGAGAUUUUGUUCUGCACUAGCUUUCCUGGAUGUGAAAUGCCUUCAUGGUUUAGUCACGAUGCAAUUGGAUCUAUGGUGGAGUUUGAAUUACCUCCUCACUGGAAUCACAAUAGGCUUUCUGGGAUAGCCCUAUGUGUUGUUGUCUCAUUCAAGAACUGUAAAAGUCAUGCCAACUUGAUAGUCAAGUUCUCUUGUGAGCAAAAUAACGGAGAGGGCUCUUCCAGCAGCAUUACUUGGAAGGUUGGAAGUUUGAUUGAACAAGACAACCAAGAAGAAACAGUUGAAUCAGAUCAUGUCUUUAUUGGCUACACCAACUGCUUAGACUUCAUAAAACUUGUUAAAGGCCAAGGUGGUCCUAAAUGUGCUCCGACCAAAGCAUCCCUUGAGUUUAGUGUGAGAACUGGUACUGGUGGGGAAGCUACGCUUGAAGUUUUGAAAUCCGGUUUCAGUUUUGUGUUUGAACCUGAAGAGAACAGAGUUCCAUCCCCAAGGAAUGAUGAUGUAAAAGGUAAAGUAAAAAUCAACAAAACUCCAAGUGCUAAUGGUUGUUUCAAGGAUCAAGCAAAAGGUAAUGAAUCUCCAAAGGGCCAGUGGCAGACUUACAUUGAAAACUCUAGCACUAACAUCCCAAGUGAAGCUCAUUCUUCCCAAAAAACUGGUUUUGGUUCCACUCUUUUGUGUUAAACUCAUAGAUUGCCUCUGUUUUCACACUAUUUAUUCUUUCGAACUCUCUGUAUUUGUAUCUUCAUUGUGUAUUUCUCCAGAUGAUUUGACUUAAGCUUUUAAGGUGUCAGGGUUUAAUGGGUUCAACGGGAUGUACUCUGUAUGCGUGCUUUAUGAAAUGUAUAGCCAUUGAUGUUGAUCUUGGAAUUGACUCCAUAAACAUGCAAUGCAAG